AUGUUAACUCCAAAUUUUGAAUUGGAUCAAACCGAUGAUUAUCUAAUCAUAAAGAUCAAAGCUAGAUUUGCUAAUGUCAACGAAACAGAGGUUGAUGUUAAUGGUACUCAAGUCACAUUUCAUUCCUCCCCAUAUUACCUACGUCUUAAUCUACCUGGUGAAGUGGAAGAAACUGAUUCUUCAUCAGGGUCUUAUGAUUGGGAAUCAUAUGUUUUUACUUUUACAUUAAAUAAAUUCUUAGCACCAAAAAAAGAUUCUCGGACAAUCAAUCCUUCUAUUGAAGUUCUCAAUGAAAAUUAUCAUGAUGAUGAUAAUGAUGACAGCGUUAUAGAUUGUGACUUUUUACAAAAUCCUGUAUCAGACGACAAUACUAGUUGUAUGAAAUAUGGAUUUGCCAAUCAAACUCAAAACGGAUUUAAUAAUUUUUCUGGUGAAUUUUUCGAAAUUAUUGAAAUUAAAGAUCCUGAUAAUUUAAAUCUUGGAAAAAGAAAAUCGUUACAAAUUGCUUCAGAAAUUUCAGAAUUUUCUGACGACCAUUACUUGGCGGAUUUGAUGACGGAACCGGAUGAACUUAAAGAUAUAUUAAACUUUAAACCAUUUUGGUACCAUACAUCAUUUACCUUAAAUGAUUCUCAUACAGAUGUUUUAAAAACAUUCGGUAAUAAAGAAUACUUAUUGAGCAAAGAUGAUAAAAAAUCAGCCUUACUCUCGUUGGUAGACAUCAUGUAUGCGUAUUGUUAUUGUAUUCGAACAAACUUGGGUGAAGAAAAUUCUGAAUCACCUUGGAUGAUCAACAAACUUUCUUCUACACUUUCUUGGUUUCGUAGUUUUGAAACUUUUGAUGAAACCGUUCAAUCGUGCGUCAGACGAAGUUUGUGUUAUCCUCUGUACCGACAUUGGGAUUUAGGCACUUUAGUGCUCUCUGAUGUACGUAAAGUAUUUGAAAAUGGAUGUGUUUGUCUACUCACGUGUUUGUUGGAUAUACACAAGUUAUUUAAUUCUAGCGAACCCAGAUAUGUAUUGAACGAACUGUACAUAAAAGACUAUUGUAUAUGGAUUCAGCAAUUGAACAGUACAUAUUUUGAUACCAUUGUUAAACUUUUUGAGGAAAAUAAAAUCAAUAAAGGACUUUUACAAUUGGAUUUAGAAGAAUUGGAAGUAGCUGCAAUGAGUGUUGAGGAAGACCUAGAGCUAAUUAAAACGGAACUUGCCAACAAUGAUAACAGCAAUACUAUUGAGUCUAAAUUGGAAAAAUUGCAGAUUUCAAGCUCGGAGAGUAGUUUAGAUUCUGAUGACGACGAAGAAGAAUCUUCAGAAUAA